GAGUUUAAUGCAGGGAGUUUGAACGCGACUACACCCCUGCGUUCACGAGCGCGAGCAAGAAACGAGCAGAAGCAGACGGCGCUCGGAAUCGUCGUGAAAGAUGGCUUUGCUUGCGAGAAACAUCUGCAAGACGCUCUCCCAGGCUGCUCAGAAGAGCACAGUUAGGACUUUGCACAUAGGGACGAUACGACAACAAGAAUCAACAGUUGAACAAGAAGGAAAGUUGAAAUGCACCUUAAUACCUGGAGAUGGUGUUGGACCGGAACUCGUAGUUGCUGUUCAAAAUGUUUUCAAAGCUGCAGAUGUCCCGGUUGAAUUUGAACCUUACUUCUUGUCUGAAGUAAAUCCAACUCUGAGCGCUCCUCUGGAUCAAGUCUCCAACAGUAUUGCUAGAAAUCGAGUCUGUUUAAAGGGAAUUCUAGCAACUCCAGAUCACUCCAUGACUGGAGAGUUGCAGACAUUGAACAUGAAAUUACGUAAAAGCUUGGACCUAUAUUCGAAUGUAGUGCACGUGAAAUCUUUGCCUGGCGUCAGGUCGCGUCAUCAAAACGUGGACUGUGUCAUCAUCAGAGAACAAACGGAAGGAGAAUAUUCUGCGUUAGAGCAUGAAUCUGUUAAGGGGGUGGUCGAAUGCUUAAAGAUUGUAACUGCCGCCAAGAGCCAAAGAAUCGCAAAGUUCGCCUUCGACUACGCCGUAAAAAAUAAUCGCAAGAAAGUCACGUGUGUUCACAAAGCUAACAUAAUGAAGCUCGGCGACGGACUUUUCCUCAGAUCGUGCCAAGAGAUUGCCAAAAUGUACCCCAGGAUUACGUUCGAGACGAUGAUCGUUGACAAUUGCACCAUGCAGAUGGUCUCCAAUCCACAUCAGUUUGAUGUCAUGGUAAUGCCAAAUUUAUACGGAAAUAUUGUGGAUAAUCUUGCAUCCGGUUUAGUCGGUGGUGCCGGAGUCGUCGCAGGUGCUAGUUACAGUGCUGAAUGUGUCGUCUUUGAACCGGGCGCGAGGCAUACGUAUUCCGAAGCAGUUGGCAAGAACGUCGCGAAUCCGACGGCGAUGUUAUUGUGCGCGGUGAAGCUCUUGAAUCAUUCGAAUCUCAAACGUUACGGCGAGCAGAUCAGGGAGGCGUUGAACCGCGUGCUGAACGACGGAAAAGUGCUAACGAAGGAUCUAGGCGGACAAAGCUCGACGACAGAGUUCACUGCCGCUGUAAUACAUAGUUUGCGUUAACGAUAAAACCUUGUGUAACAUAGGAAAAUGUAGACAUCAGAAACUUUUUUUUUGUCUGGAACUGAUUGUGCGAAUUGUAGUGUGCCACACCCGUUAUAGGGUAUAUAAAAGUAACUCGUAUACGUCAUAAAAUUUGUAAAACUAUAUCAUCCUGUAAUGAUGCAGAUUUUCAUUUGCAACAUACAGUAACCUAUGUUCUGUAUGUUCUACGAAUAAAAAGAGAUCCGAAGUUUUUUGCAAUCGCUGCAUUAUAAUCGCAGAAAUCUAACUGCGGUGCGCGGAGUGUGUAUUUCUAGUUGUAUAAUAGAACCAAAAAUAGGCAAAAUUGUACCAUAUUUAUAAAUAAUAAAUGACGCUAUCUUGUUUGUCCUAUUA